GUGUAUGCACCUGAAAACGAGGUCAAAUCCAGAAGUUGGAACUUGUUGAGAACCGACCAGGGAAGAAUGGUGCUUGAAAACCAACCCAAAGCAACCGAAGUUUAGUUGUGUUUUGCAUGAAUAAAGUUUGAAGAUAAAGAUUAAGUGGACCUAUUAAAUUGUCACCAUUAUGAAGAGGAUACUCCUUGUUGGUGGUGGUCUCACAGCGGCCUCCACUGCCUCUUUGCUCAGACAGUCUUUAGGACAGCAAGCUGAGCUGGUGCUUUGGGAUAAGGCUAGGGGAGCAGGUGGCCGAAUGAGCACCAGUAGAAGUCCUAAUGAUGGGGUGUGUACUGCAGAUCUUGGAGCACAGUACAUUACAGCCACACCAAGCUAUGCUGAAAGUCACAAGAAAUUCUACAAUGACUUAAUCAACAGCGGGGUGUUAAUGCCAUUAAAAGAUAGCAUAGAGGGGGAAAGGGACCAUCCUGAAGGUACCAGCCACUAUGUCACACCUCAUGGCAUCAGCUCCAUAGUGAAACACUUUCUGAGUGUAGCAAAUGCUGAUGUUCAGUUUGGACAUCACAUUGUGGAUGUAAGCCUUGAUGGGACAUCUUGGAAAAUAACAACAUCAAGUGGAAAAUCAGAAUUAUUUAACUGUGUAGUUUUGACAAUGCCUGUGCCACAAAUCCUUCAACUCAAAGGAACAAUAGCCGAAAUAAUAGAAAAAUCUCCUGAGCAGAAGCAGAAGUUAGAAAAUGUCUCAUACUCUUCUCGCUAUGCCUUGGCAUUAUUCUACAAACCGGGAGUAAAAUUAGAGAUACCAUGGACUGCCAAGUACUUCUAUGAUGGUCCUUGCAUUAGGUUUAUAUCUGUUGAUAACAGGAAGCGAGGAAUAACUGACCCAAGUGUAGGAGAAUCAAUUAUAGUCCACACCAGUGUCCCCUUUGGUUUAAAACACUUAGAAAAAGAGCUUAAAGAGGUACAGCCAAUAAUUAUGGAACACUUAAAGGAGUUUCUCCCAGACUUGCCUGAACCUGAUAAUAUCAAAUGUCAGAAGUGGAGGUAUUCACAGGUUCAUAAGCCAGUGGAUGGAACUCCAGGAUGUAUGGUACUACACCAGAGCCCCCUGUUGGUGUGCGGUGGAGAUGCAUUUACUCAUUCCAAUAUGGAUGGAUGUUUAGAGUCUGCAUUGAAACUAACAGAAACAAUAUGCAAAAAUGUCAGCAAUGCUAAAGUAUAGUUUGGGCACUUGUUAAAAAUGAUAAUGUUCAUGUAUAUGGUGCAUUUUACCUGGAACAUGUUGUUAACGGCCUAUUGUUCUUUAAAACUAUGAAAUUAUGUAUCAUUUUACAUAUUUCGAAAAAGGUCAGAACUGGUGUAUAAUCAUUAAGAAAAUGGCUUCAAUUUACUCAGUUUUACUUAAUAUGAAUUGUAAUUUAUUUGAUAAUCAGGUCAGAGAAGUUUACUUCUUUAAAAUCCUAUAUUUAAAAUGUAUAUUUAAAAAUUGAUUAUUAUUAU